AUGGGUAUCUCUCUAGCGGGUCUUCUUUAUGGUCUAGACUCAGGAAUCAUCGCCUCAACAAUGGCUCAACAGACCUUCGUCAAAUACUUCCUUAGAGACAUUUCGAACAAUGCUUAUAUCAAGGGUGGUAUUGUCUGCAGCUAUUAUGCCGGGUCCUGUAUUGGCAGUGCUGGCGCUGGCUGGUCCAUGGACAAAUUGUCACGCCGCUGGUCGAUCCUUCUCGGCUCGCUUGUUUCGAUAAUUGGUGCCGUGCUACAAGCUGCAUCUGUAAAUAUACCUAUGUUGGUUGUCGGACGAGUUCUCUCAGGCUUCUCCACGGGUAUGGUAUAUUCUGUGGCCCCUGUCUACCUUUCAGAGCUCGCACCACCUGAAAAUCGAGGGUUCCUCGUCGGUUUGAAAGGAUUCAUGAACACUGUCGGUUACUUUCUCGCUGGGUGGAUUGGUUACGCUGGUUCAUUCGCUCAGGGUGAUUUGGAAUGGCGGAUACCACUUGGUAUGCAGGCUCCACCAGCGGCCUUGCUCGCUUUGCUCACGUUCUUCCUACCUUAUUCACCACGUUGGUUACUGCUCAAACAGAGAUACGAAGACGCAAAAAAGGUCAUGUACUAUCUACACGAGCACCGUGGGCCGGAGUUUGUCGAACGCGAAUACGCCGAAAUGUAUUCCCAGAUACGUUUAGAAACGGCCAAUUCGAAUAAAGCGCCUUUGAUCACCCUUUUUUCGAGACGCUACCUACGCCGCGCCCUUCUCGGAUGUCUCAUUGUGAAUAUGGCGAAGCUAUCCGGUAGCAAUGUCAUCCAGAACUACCAGUCAAUAAUGUAUAACUCAUUGGGCUUCAAGGGCCGCGAGGUUCUUCUCAUUACCGCUUUAUAUGGCUUCUCAGCCCUCAUCGGACAACUAAUCAGCAUUUUCACAUUGUCUGACCACUGGCCACGUCGCCGCACCGUGAUUUGUGGCGAGGCUUCGGUAGUGGUGGCUCUAUCGGUCUUGACCGGACUAUCAAAAGAGUUUCCGGAUUCACACAAUCCAUCAGGGAGUAGAGCAGGGGUUGCCUUUGUCUUUAUAUUCGCUUUCUUUUGGGCCUUCUUCUUUAACUCCGCCACGUGGGUUCUCGUAUCGGAGAUCUUUCCUUUGGAGCUUCGAGCAACCGGGGUGGGAUUCUCCAUGUUCACCCAGUCCCUGACAGCAAUUUGGUUAAGCUUCGCUGCGAGCGUUGCUUUUGAUGCCAUCAAAUGGCGAUUCUAUUUCGUAUUUAUUGGGACAAAUCUGUUUGCUCUCACUAUAUACUAUUUCUUUUUGCCGGAGACCAAUCAAUUGUCUCUGGAAGAGAUUGCCGCCCAGUUUGGCGAUGUGGUGUCCGAUCCAGUGGGAAAGAGCCUGGACGCCAUUAAUGGUGAGCGGAUCACCCCCAUUGACGUCAAAAAAAAUGAAUCUAGUGAGCAUGUUGAGCUCGCCCAAAAAGACCGAGAUGGUUAG